GAAAGAAAAAAGGAGAAUUUGAGGGAGUGAUUUAGUGCGAGGAGGUUAGUUUACCUCUCACAAGAGGAAGUGAAGAAGAUAGAAAGUUCAGAGUCAGUUGUGUGAAGUCUGUUUAUCCUCCUCUGCCGGAGCUGGAGGGCUUCAGCACCACUCCCCUGUCAAAAGAGGAUCUAUCACUAAAACUUCUCUCCCUGCUGCUUCUCAUUGACUGGACUGCUGGAGGAACCCUUUCUGGAUGUUACUGUCAAUGUGAUCCUCCCUAAAGUCCUAUUGCCCAAACGUUGGGAGCAGCAUAUGGACUUGAGUGUCUCGCAGAGGUUGGCACAUCCGGACUUCCGUUCUGCCAUGCUAACCCCUCAUCCAGCCUUCUUCCUGGGAAAACAUUCCUCUCAGCAUUGUUCCCAGAUAAGCCCACAGGCCUUGCAGUUUCACUCUGACCAAAGGCGGAGACAGAUGGCUGAAGAAAAAAAAGAAAAGCUGCACCAUCUGAUUCUGAAGAGCAAACAUGAGCCGAGUGCCAUAGCCAGUCCCCUGGUUAGACAGAAGCUUCGAGAUCACAUCAUCAUGAGGCACCAGUCCACUCAUGAGAGCGUCGUCCCGAACCUCAGCACUCCUUCACACAAACUUAAUGUUCCCGAAGAGCCCCAACCGAGAUCUUAUGACCAGCACAAGGUUCUUCGCCGGACAGUUUCAGAGCCAACACUGAAGUUGAAAUCAAAGAAGCUCAGUACGACCCGCCAAAAUCCUUUGCAGCGUAAAAUAAGUGCCCCUCCACUUAUCAAGCACCACACUGAAAUUCUGGAUCCAUCUGCCAGUAGCAACCCAGCAUCGGGGUGUAGUUCUCCAAAUGACAGUAUCCAUUCAGAGAACAGCACCCUACCUGUGACCCAUGCGGCUCCGAGACGUCAUCUAAAAAAUGGCAGGUUUUCCGGUUUUAACCCGACUGCCACACCAAACAUUACUGCUGGACUACCUGCCCAGGCUGACCUUGGAGGAGCUCAGAGGCCCAAAGUUUCUGCUCUUCCUCAGGCCUACAUGGAUAGAAGCAGCCUAUUGCUUUCUCAGCAAUUGCACCCAGUGCUUGUCAUGGAGCCACAAACUGGAAUGGUGCACCCACAACUCAUCGCUUUUCAAGGUUUCAGUCCUGUGUCUCUGCAACAGCAGUGUCACAUCCCAACACCAAACAGAAGAAAUGGCAUGCUCAAUUUUCCAACCCACAAGCGCUUAGAGAGGACGCGUUCUGAACCUCCACCUUACAGCCACACACUCCUUCAUCCGCACGCCAACCGAAUGUCUCGCACACAGCUUCAGCUGCAACAACAUUGCCACAGAAACAUGCUUGAAAAGCUCAAGGCUCAACGGAAGAUCCAGUCAGAAGAAAUGGACAUUGAGGAAAUCAGCUCCGGUUCUGGCUCAGGACCAGGGUCUUUUUGUGGGUCAGAGUCUGGCUCCAUAUGUGAGGAAGACCUUCACCGAAGACAAAGCACUACCAGCAAAGACUCAUUUUAUGACACAGAGUCCAAUACCUCCUCACGAGAUAGCCUGAUCGAAAGUUCCAUAACACCGAGACAGAUUAUACACCGAUUCCAGUUGGACCCUCCAACGGAGCCUGUCCUGAUGUGGCAUCACCAGCCUUUAGCACGGACCCAGUCCUCACCUGCGUCCACCUCACUUUCUGUGGCACCAAAACCAUUCACAACCAUUCCACCCCACCCGGUAACCAAUCCCGGUUCAGAUGUUCAGUUACGUUUUACCACAGGUCUGGUUUACGAUGCGCAGAUGCUGAAGCACGAGUGUUUCUGUGGAGACAAUAGCCGCCACCCGGAGCAUGCAGGGAGAGUCCAGAGUAUUUGGCUGAGACUGCGUGAAAGAGGCCUGAGAGACCAAUGUGAGUAUAUCCGCAGCAGGAAGGCCACACUAGAAGAGUUGCAGUCAGUCCAUUCAGAAGCACAUGUACAUCUGUAUGGCACCAACCGACUCAGGACCGAUAAUCCCAAAGUGGCUGGCGUCUCGCUGCAGCCAGUGGUCAAGCUGCUCUGCGGAGGAGUGGGGGUUGACGACGAUACAGUCUGGAACGAGCUUCACACCUCAGCAGCUUCCCGUAUUGCAGCAGGUUGUGUGACUGACCUGGCCCUGAAGGUGGCUCAGGGAGAGCUAAAGAAUGGCUUUGCAGUGGUAAGGCCCCCUGGACACCACGCUAACCACUCUUCCCCUCUGGGUUUCUGCUUCUUCAACUCUGUGGCCAUCGCUGCGAAACAACUCCAAAACAAACUCAACGUCAGCAAGAUUCUCAUCGUAGACUGGGAUAUUCACCAUGGGAACGGCACCCAGGAGGCCUUCUACGAGGAUCCAAGCGUGCUGUACAUUUCUCUCCAUCGAUAUGAUAACGGCAACUUCUUCCCUGGCAGUGGUCAUCCCAGCGAGGUUGGUGCUCGUGCAGGCAGGGGCUUCAAUGUGAAUGUGGGAUGGACAGGCGGUUUGAAACCUCCCAUGGGCGACGCCGAGUACCUGGCCGCCUUCAGAGCCGUGGUGAUGCCCAUCGCCCACGAGUUCUCCCCUGAUGUGGUGCUGGUGUCGGCUGGCUUUGAUGCAGUGGAGGGCCACUCACCUGCACUCGGAGGCUACAACGUCACAGCCAAAUGUUUUGGCUUCUUGACCCGGCAGCUGAUGUCUCUGGCAGGAGGUCGGGUCAUGCUGGCUCUGGAGGGUGGGCAUGACCUGAAGGCCAUCUGUGAUGCGUCUGAAGCCUGCAUCAGUGCCUUGUUAGGGAUGGAGGUGGAGCCGCUUUCUCAGUCCGUGUUGGACCAGAAGCCUUGUGAAAAUGCUGUGCAAUCUUUACAGAGAGUCGUCCAAGUGCAAGGUGAGUUCUGGAAGAGCGUGGAGGACUCGGCCCUCACCCUGGGUCUGUCCUACCUCCAGGCCCAGAGGCACCGAGUGAGGCGGGACUCUGACAAUGACACCGUCAGAGGCAUUGCCUCACUGUCCGUCGGAGCCCAUGAAGGAAACGUCAAGAAAAAGUGACACAGUCGUUGUGCUACUGAGGAAGGAAACAACACGCCAGCGUCCUGACAACUGUUGAACACUGGAGCCAGCCCAACACUGACAGUGAGACUACUGACUCCAGCACCGCCAGAAAAAAAGUGCCUUGAGAAAUGAUCCGACGUCACGUCACAUAUCAACCCUGCUGUGGCAGAAGAGCAGUUGCAAGUGUAGAUAUUUACUUUCUAGCAUCUAAUAGUUGUCAGGUGAAGGAGAGUUUGAUAUCACCGAUAAAACAUAAUUCGGUUAUUGGACUGAAAGGCAAUUUUCAAACUUAGUCCAUUCCAAAUUAAACUACCUGAUGGGAGAAAGUGGAUCAUGGUUAUACGUCUUUCUCCGUGUGUAUUCCAUUUUAGAAUCUAGAGCUGCCAUGCUCUUAGAAACUACUAGCGGUGAAAAUAGUGCAUUCUCAUUUUAAACGUGUCACGGGAGCAGCGGUGUGUACGUAGUGAGCUUUUAUUUUGAAACUCCUACACUGGUUUUUCAACCAUUGAUCAUUACUUGGUGACAUGUAUUUUGCUACGUCCAACCCGGAGUCAAGUGACAUGCAGUGUCCAUGUGCAUACUGUUUGAGCACAUGGAUUACUUUACUUUUCAUUCCAACUGCACACAUUUACCUCCUUCAAGUUCUAGCAUCACAAACACACGGGAUUGUAUCUUCAAUUGCUUUAAAAAAAAAAAAUCUGUUUUAUUCGAAACCCCUUUCAGUAUCGUGUCCUUUCUCGGGUCUGACUUUACAUGUCAAUAUCCGGUUUUAGUUUUUUCGAUCGACCCAGGCAUCAUUUUUCUCUGUAGCUGUUUAGCUUUGCACAUUCCGUCUGACUUGUCCAGCUCCGUUGAGUCGUCUGCAAAAGAGUCACCUCUUGACUGUUUAGUUCUUCAGUGAUGAGUUGAGGAGCCAGAGUCCCGGCUCUCCAAUUACAACCAAUGUAAAGACUUAGCGCCCCGUCCAGUUCAUUCCGCUGAGUCAAGAUGGCGCAGCGAUUCCCCGUCGCUGUUCCUUCUUGACAUUUCCAAGCGCAUUAUCUCACAGCAGCUCCGAACUGACCAGCUCAACUCCGUCUCUGCUGUCUGCUCGAGUUAGCGGAUGAAAGUCGUUGCAGCUGUAACAUCUGGAGAUGUUGGUCUCAAAUAUCUCGCCCUGUUAGGUCACAUAUGAUCAUAUGAUUCUUAUAAAAGUCCACUUUGAACCGAAAUGUGCGACAUCAGAUCACAGAUCUGGAGUCCACAUCAAAGAUUUGUCAUUGAAAGUCUCCUGUGGACUUUCUCUCUUUGAGUGGUGACCGGCACCGUGGUCAAUGGUCAGCAGGUGGACGUGGCUGUUGUGAUGGGUGACGACGGUCCACUGAAGGUAUUAUUUUUGCACUUGUGGUGUUCUGUGGUAUGACCUGACACGUCUGUAACAAUGAUUGUGUUUGUAAUGCAGUGAUGACUUGUUUCUUUCUGACCUGCUGCAGAGAAGGAACGCAGCUGUGAAUGUGUCUGUCAAAUGUACUUAAAGAGAGGGAUGAAACCCUCCUGCCUUAAAAAACAAACUGCAUUUGUUGGCCUUGUGACCUUUUCUUAAUUUCAAGGUCAAGUUUUAUUUCUUGUAUUUGCGACCUGUAGAGCCGCUGUGGGAAUGAGUUUGUGUCAGACUCCUUUAUUUGCUGAGCAGCCUUCUCACCUGCUGACAAUCAUUCCUGCUGUGAUUUGUUUGCCUUGUUCCCAAGGUCUCGACCAACUUGCUUUCUGUACGUCGACAAUGUCGCCGUAGGAUCCUCCAACUUAGUAGAUAGUCGCUCAGCGAGACACACGAGAGAAACGCUGGAAUAUCGUGCGUCGUAGGGUGCAACUCGGAAGAUCCUAAAAUGUUCUUAAGCAGAUGCUUGAAAUAAAGACAGAUUUAUUUCGGAGAAGAUGUCGCGGCUUCAGACGCUGAGCCUGUUUAUAACAGAUGAAGAAUGUGCUUGUUAUUUCCAGUGGUUUUUCUUUCAUUGGGCCGCAUCACGUUUGCAACUGUGUUUGUUUAUUAAAGAGUUUUGAUGAUCAGUGGCGGUCAUCAUUGGUCAACAAUGAAAAGUGAAAAUUCCAGAUCACCUUCUGUCUUAAUCGAUCAGGCAAAUGUUAUGUUUGACCAAAGAAUGAACUUUUGUGCCUUUGAUUCAUGUACAGUGUAAAUAUCCU